GGGGUGGUGGUGGCCUAGCUCUGGUGACGCGGUGCUCACGUGAGUGACCAGGCGCCUACGUGGGCACCAGCCCCCGCGCCCGCCCGCCCGCCCUGCGGUCCGGUCCAGGCGCCCGCGCAGAAUCAGCUGUCUGAGCUGCCCAGGCGGCGGGGGAGCAGCGAGCGGGCUUCCGCGAGCCCGAGGAGGCACAAGCCUGUCCUGGGUACCCGCAGGUCUGCGCGUCUGUUGUUCCCAGCGCUCUGAGAGGCCUGAAAAGGAGGAGCAACCUGUCCAGAAUCCCCGCAGGACAGGAAAAAGAGAAAUCUCGACAUGGAAAAACCCUACAAUAAAAAUGAAAGAAACCUGGAAAACGAGGGAAAGCCAGAAGAUGAAGUAGAGCCUGAUGAUGAAGGAAAGUCAGACGAGGAAGAAAAGCCGGACAUGGAGGGGAAGACAGAAUGCGAGGGAAAGAGAGAGGAUGAGGGAGAGCCAGGUGAUGAGGGACAACCGGAAGAUAAGGGAAGCCAGGAAAAGCAGGGCAAGUCCGAAGGUGAGGGCAAGCCACAAGGCGAGGACAAGCCAGCCUCCCAGGCAAAGACAGAGAGCCAGCCACGGGCCGCCGAAAAGCGCCCGGCUGGAGAUUAUGUGCCCCGGAAAGCAAAAAGAAAAACGGACAGGGGGACAGACGAUUCCCCCAAGGACUUUCAGGAGGACUUACAGGAAAGGCAUCUGAGCAGUGAGGAGAUGAUGAGAGAAAGUGGAGAUGUGUCAAGGGCUCAGGAGGAGCUAAGGAAAAAACAGAAAAUGGGUGGUUUUCAUUGGAUGCAAAGAGAUGUACAGGAUCCAUUCUCCCAAGGGGACAACGGGGUGUCAGGGGAGUGAGGGGUGGAGGUAGGGGCCAAAGAGGCUUACACGAUAUCCCAUACCUUUAAUGCCUUUGGCCUUCCACUCUGACUUCUCUGAUGAGAUUAUUGCCAAUCCUGCUUUCCCUGGUAGAUAUUUGCCAGGCCCAAUGCUUUAACCUUAAGCUGAUAUUUUUGCUUUAGAUGUCAAUCUCAUUACCAGCAGCCUUUUGACCCAACUACAGCGCUCUAUAUUUUAGUAGAGGAUUUUCACCCAUGUGCAUGGAAAAGAUGUUCAUGACACAUUGUAAAAAAAUAAAUAAAUAAAGAACAGUUUGCAGAACCGCA